AUGAUAACGGUAGUACUAACGAUAGUGACACUACUUUGUAAACAUUAUUAUAUUCCGCUAUCAACCAAAUCAAAUGCACAACAACAACAACAAACACUACCUGAUGAUGAACUUCAAUCAGCUAUUUUCCUCAUUCAACAAUAUGGAUUACCAAUACCACAGAAUCUAUCAUUGUGCGACCAGCAACCAAAGUACUUUGGAGAAGCAAGAUUUACUUGUUCCAACAACACAUUUGAUGGAAAAUAUCAUAUCGUUGAAAUUUAUACAAGUGCGUUCUAUAGUUUUACUUAUGGUGGCAGUCCAUCAUCCACUAUGACAUCGUUGACAAUGCCUGCUUUGAAAAGUAUCAAGUUAUCGAGUAAAGAUAUUUCCAAUCGGACAAUCAAUAUCCUAGAGAUGCUCAAAUCCGUUAAAAGUUUGGAUACAAUUGACUUGUCCCAUUCUCCAUUUGGCCUCAAUGAUACAUCGAUCAGCUACCUUCCAAGCGAUUUUAAUAACUUUCCUCAUCUCACCACUUUUAGAUUAGCGCUCCGUACUCCAUUAAAAGUACCUCACAACUUUCUAAACAACUCUGCCAAACUUUUGGAAAUCAAUUUUGAAUUUCCAGUUUCAUCUAUUACAAUUGAUGAUUCUCUCUACUUUCCUUCACUCAAUGAGUAUACAUUUCAAUCUAAUUGUACCUAUGGAUCACAUCAUAUCAAUCUAACAUCUAAAUCAUUCCCAGAGCUUGAAAGUUUUACUGUUUCGAUUAUUCCAGAAACAAAAUCAAAUACAACCGUAUACUAUCAUCUAGAUACCACCAACAUACCAACAACAUUACUUUGCAAAGAUCCCUCUUACUCCAUCCAUGCACAGGCUCAGUGUCAUUUCAGAAUAGGAUAUCCAUCCAAUAUAGGAAUAUUGGCUAUCACUGGACGUCAGUCGACAUUACUUCCAUCGCCUAGUUCCAGUAAUAUUUCAUUGUAUUCGAACCUCGAGAGUUUAGAGAUGACCGAAAUGGGACUUACAGAGUUUUCAUUCAAUCAGAUUCCUCCACUAUUGUCAAAACUUAAUUCAUUUUAUAAUAAUUGUUCAAAACAUAUCAACACAACGAUCACACCAAAUACAACUGAUCCAACAUGGACUAUUAUCAACUAUCAAUUGAAUACUACUUCAUCAUCCUCCUCCCCAUCAUUCAACAACAAUACAUACCAACCAGCAAAAGUACAUUCAACAAUAUCAUUCUCAACACUUGCAAGAACAGUUGAAUUUGGAGGAAAACAACUAUUGAUCAAUGCCAAUUCUAUCAAACUAGAGGUCAAUAUCAGCAAGUGGGAAUACUCAUCAAACCUAUCAACACUUCGAGUUGUAUUCAAAACAUUGAUCAACAACAACCAAUCUAUCCAAUAUGAUUGUAUCGACAAAGAUAUCUCAACAUUUAGUUAUGAUUCAUUGUCAUCGUUGCAAUAUCUCACAGUAGUCAAAGAUGGUAUUCAAUUCAACGGUCGAUUCAUUGAUGUUGCAUUGUCUGAUGGAAGACCAACCUAUUCACCAACUCAACUCAUAUCAUCAACACCAAUCAAUGAUGAACAAUCAAUUGUCAAGAUUGGAAUUGUAUUUCCACAAUGUCAAGAGUGUAUACUAGAUCCAGAUUUCAGUGCAUUGAUUGUUGACACUACCAACAAUUGUGAAAGUGAAGAUUCUGACUCCAAAUGGAAGAUGAUUACUGGAAUAGUUGUUGGAGUAGUUGGAGCUGUAGUUCUAUCAAUCUUUACCAUUUAUGGUAUCAAGAGAUUUAAAAGACACAUGAUCCUAAAUCAUAAAUCAAUUGCCAUGUCUAAAAUCUCAGCAAACAAAACAACAAAUAAACAAAUAAAUAAACAAAUAAAUAAAUAA